GCUCCAGAACUGGCAGGUGUCAGAGAUCCGAGUCGCAGCACCAAGGAAACUGUCACAGAAACCCAGACUUGGGGUUGGAAGGAAAGAAACACCUUUAUUGAAACACAGCUCUGGGAAGUUUCAAAGGAAGACUUCCAAAUCAAACUGUCCACAGCAACCUUAUAUAUCCAGAGUUACAACAAAAUGGAAUAGACAAUAUAUCACACUUACUUACUGGACUAAGGAACUGAGAGUUUAAAUCCUCCAUCAGAAGAGUAAACCUGCAUGAGCUCUAGGUCAUUUUAAGAUACCACAUGAAUCUACGUAGAGAGCAAAGCUGGAAAAUGAAGGUAACAGUAAAGUCCAAAAAUACAGUAUCCAGUUUUUUGACAAGAAAAUAACCUGCGUACAGUCUGAGCAUAAAAUAGGGAACAUGUUUAGCUAAAAGAACCUUGAACAUUCAGUACUAUGGAAGUGAUUUGAUGAUCUGAAUUUGUCAUGGAAGAAACCAAUCAGCUGCAAACAACCACUCUUCUUCAUAUGUCUGCAUGACCAAAAGCAGUUUAUAUCAAUUUGAAAACUGCCAACAUGACCCACUAUAGACGCUUUUUUACUGUUCCUUGGAAGCGUUCCAAGAUGUGUAUUUUCUUGAUUGGCUCCAUCUGUUUUGUAGGAAUAUAUUUCAUUUUCAUUCCUGUGACUUUUAAUUACUUUGCUCUUAUAGCAAAAAUCAAAGUUAAAGAAAACAUUGCUUUGAAUGUAAUGGAAAGAUUUGCAUUUCCUAUCAAAGGAUAUGACAAACCUCAGACAGCAAAAGAAAACAGAAGCAAUAUUUUCAGAUUCAAACCAUUCUUAUUAAACAGGAAGGUAGAAGGACCAACUGCAAAUGUGGCACCAUUUGCUAGUGAACUCAAUGAUACUCAGCCCUUUCGGUUUCUUAUUAAUGAAAGAGAUCUCUGUAAAGACAGCACUCCUUUCCUAGUACUAUUAAUAGCAACCAAAGCUGAUGAAAAGCCUCUCAGAGAAGCCAUCAGGAAAACCUGGGGGAAUGAAUCAGUGAUUCCAGGAACAAAGGUUAUUCGCUUAUUUAUGUUGGGUGUUAAUGAUAAAGAGAGAAAUGAAGCUAUAUUGAAAGAGAGCAAUCAAUAUCAUGACAUCAUUCAACAAAACUUUCUGGACACCUACAAGAACCUGACUCUUAAAACCAUAAUGGGCUUGAAGUGGGUUGCCACCUACUGUGCUGGUGCAAAUUUUGUCAUGAAAACAGACACUGAUGUUUUUGUUAAUACAGAAUAUUUAAUACAAAGUCUUCUAAGACCACUCACGCCUCCUUCAUCAUAUUAUUUCACUGGCUUCCUUAUGAGAAAUGCAAAGCCUCAUCGCCAUAUUGAAAGCAAAUGGUACGUACCAAAGGAGGUCUACUCAUCUGAGCGCUAUCCUGAUUUUUGUUCAGGAACAGGGUAUGUCUUUUCUGGGAAUUUGGUUGCAAAAAUUAUCAAUGCAUCUUUAAAAGUCAAAUUCUUGUACUUGGAAGAUGUUUAUGUAGCACUCUGUCUUGAACAAGAAGGAAUUAAUAUGGUACCUCCACCUAAUAACUAUUUGUUUAAUAUACAUAAAGUCCCAUUUUCUCCUUGUACAUACAACAGCCUGAUUACUUCCCAUGGAAUUCAAUCACAUGAACAGAUAAUAUACUGGGAAGAAUUGCAAAAGAAUAAACAUAUGUGUGCUAAAUAAAGCUAGGGUAUGGGAGAGAUUGUGUGGAAUUACAAUAUUUGCUUCUAUAUUAUUUCAGCCUUAUAAUUGUUGACUGUGCUCCAUGAGCCUUCCAUGGAGGAAGAGAAAGACUUGAGUCUAUAUCCUACAUUAAAGUUUUGAUUUCAUUUAUAUUUACAAAAAGAAACUUUAUAUAUUAAAGUUGUAUUCUACCCUACAGAACAACUUCAGCCUAAGUUCUUUUUUGUUAUAUAUUGGAUUGAAAUUUACAAUG